CAAAUCCAGAAGAUUCUCCCUCUCUCUCUCUCUUUGGCAUCAACAUCUUCGCCUAAAAAUUCUCACCCUCCUCUUCUUCUUCAGUGCCUCCCCUCCUAUAAUUGAUUUAUUUUCACUGUUUCAAGUUUUUGUUUCCUCCUUUUCCCUUCCCGUCCGAUUCCUAAUGGCCAAAUUCGUGUUCGAGCCAGCUAGCGACGACGAAAUCGACCCUCCGGUAGACGACGAGAAGUCAACAACACACACGCCGUGGGCUUUCUCCUCCUACUCUGCUGAAUCCGUCUCCGAUCAGCACUUGCGCUGCCGUGUCACCACUUCACUUGACCACAAAAUAUCCGAAGCUCUUCAGAGAUACCCUAUCGCUAUCCCUCAAGACAACGACUCUGAUGACGACGAACAUUAUGAUUCUGAAUCCGAAUCCGACAGCCAGGAGGAGGAGGAUGACGGGUUAGAGCACGAUGCGAACCCCUCGUUUUCCUUUUCUGAUCUUCAUCUUUCGAGGCCGUUGCUUCAGGCUUGUAAAGCUUUGGGUUACACUACACCCACUCCUAUUCAGGCUGCUUGUAUACCAUUGGCAUUAACUGGACAAGAUAUAUGUGCUAGUGCUGCCACCGGCUCGGGGAAGACGGCUGCUUUUGUACUUCCAAUAUUGGAGAGAUUGUUAUACAAGCCAAAAUAUAGACCUGCUACUAGGGUUCUUAUUCUUUCCCCCGCGAGAGAGUUAGCUGUUCAGAUACAUAAUAUGAUUACCAAACUCACUAAAUAUGUGACUGGUAUUACAUGUUGUUUGGUGAUUGGCGGCCUGCCAAUGAAGGAUCAAAAGUUAGCCUUGCGCGCAUCUCCGGAUAUUGUUGUUGGCACUCCUGGACGUUUGCGUGAGUACAUUAAAUGUAAAAGGCUGAUUCAUCUUGAUGAGCUUUCAGUUUUAAUUCUUGAUGAAGCUGAUCGGCUCCUGGAUACAGGAUUUGUUGAGGCGGUUCAAUACCUGGUGAAUAUGUGCUCUAAAAGGAAGCAAACCAUGCUAUUUUCAGCAACCAUGACUACAAAUCUUGAUAAGGUUAUCAAUCUCUCUUUAAAUAAGCCGGUGCAUUUGUCAACCAACAAGUCAAGUAACAUGCCCACAUCAUUAACUGCAGAGGUGGUGGAUAUUCGAAAGCAUAAUACAGAUAAAAGAGCAAUUCUUCUUGCAUUAUGCUCCAAGAUCUUUACGUCCAAAGUGAUCAUUUUCAGUGGAACCAAGGCAAUGACUCAUCAAUUGAAGAUUUUAUUUGGGUUAGCUCGCUUUAAAGCAAUGGAGUAUCAUGGAAACCUAACUGAGGCUCAGCGUCUAGAAGCAUUGGAGCUUUUCAAAAAGCGGGAAGUGGAUUUUCUAAUUACAACAGAUCUUGCUGCACGAGGUUUGGAUAUAUCAAGUGUUGAAACAGUCAUCAAUUUUGUGUGCCCACAAAAUAUUGAAAGUUAUAUUCAUAGAGUGGGUCGCACCGCUAGAGCAGGGAGAAAAGGACAUGCUGUCACAUUCGUUGACAGUGAAGAUCGAUCCUACUACAAAAAAAUCAAUAAAUUUGUUAAAAGUGUUUGCUCCGGAAGGGGGCUGACGAAGCGAGUUGUCUCUUCGGAAUCAAUAGAAAGGUGGUCUGAAACAAUUGAGCAAAUGAAAAAGGCCGUAGGAUGGAUUAGGAAAAAAGAACGGGAAGAAUGUUUAAUUAGGAAAAGGAUUAAGGAGAAAAAGAAGAAUGCAGCUGCGGCAGCAAUGGAAGAAGCUAUUGCCAAUAUGAAGUUGAUUAAAGCAAAGGAAAAAGAAGAAAGGAAGAAAGCAAAGAAGGAAGAGAAGAAGAGGAAACAAGCGGAGGAGAAAAAAUUGACGAGGAGGAAACGAAGGAAGUUGGAGGCCAAAAAAGAGAGAGAUUAGAAUUGGGAAUUCCCUUUAAGGUAACAAGUUUGUAUAAUAAUGUUUGUUUCUAUUUUUGUCCCAUUCCUAUAAAUUUGGAAUUUUGAAGCUGCUAAUGUUAAUUAGUUUAGACUAACAGACUUGUUAGAUAUAAUUAAGGGUUGGUUGGUUUGUUUCAA